AUGAUAUUCAUUGCUCCUGCAGGUCAGACUACUUCUAUAUUAUAGUGUCUAUGGCGACCACUUCUCUCUUGCACAGCAGAGGGUCUACUGCACCCCCAUCUCUUCGUGCUAUCUCCACCAAGAAGCACAUGAGUUUCAACAGCUGGUCGAGGCAUGAACCUAUAACUGCCACUCAUACAGACCACUGGAGCAAACUUCGCACAAAGUCGUACAAGCUCAGAAAAUUACCUUCUGGGAACGUUAUGGCCUUCUGUGAUGAUAAAGAUAGUAACUGGUUGCAAUCCCAGGCCAGGCAGGAGUUUGGGCUGCCCAGGUCCACCGCAGUGACACCACAAGGCACCCUGGCUCCAGUGGGGAGUGCAGAGUUCAACCAAUACCUUGUCGAGCGUCUCCACAACCCCCACAUUGUGUACCCCCGCCCCCCGUCAGACUCCAGGGGGUAUGAGAAGAGAGUACGAGUGCCGUCAGCGUCCAAUCAGAGAGCCAAGAGAGGGUACAAGUAUUGGGUAGAUGACAAGAAGCAAAGGCUCUCAUCACCAAGUAGGAGAGGAUAUAUAAUUACCUCCUAGUAAGAAGACCGCUCUUGGUUCAAAGGGAACUUUCCUGGGAAUUGGAUUACCACGUUUAUAAGGACUAUUAAUUGGACAUAGCCAUCACAAGACUAGGUCUCACAGAUAUAUUGGACAUAGCACAUCACAAGACUAGGUCUCACAGAUAUAUUGGACAUAGCACAUCACAAGACUAGGUCUCACAGAUAUAUAAUAUCAUGCAAAACAGAUAGCACUGAACAGUCAUGAGUGCAUUAUAAUAAUGAUCAAUAAUUAUUGUGCAAAGAUGAUUGUGUAAAAAAAGUUCAGUCAUUGUUCCGUUAA